AUGCCGACGGAUGCUGAGGAGGAUCAGCGGCAGCCGCACGCCUUGCUACCGACCAGUGGGCAGCGGCGCGCGCUCUACAGCGGCCGGGACCUCGGCCAUGUGCUUCUCUGCCAGUGGUCGGGGCCCGCGAUAAGGGUGCAUGUGGGCCUCGUUAGCGGCCGGGAUGCAUUUUUGCGCUCGGCGGCGGCUGGGCCGGGGCUGCGCACUCGGCAGCGGCUAGGACGGGUUUCUGCGCUCGGCAUCGGCCGGGAUGCAUUUUUGCGCUCGGUGGCGGCCGAGCCGGGGCUGCGCACUCGGCAGCGGCUGGGGCAAGUUCUUGCGCUUAGCAUCGGCCGGGAUGCAUUUUUGCGCUCGGUGGCGGCCGGGCCGGGGCUGCGCACUCGGCAGCGGCAGCCCUGA